AUGCCGGCAGUACCUCGAGUGGAUCGAAUAAAAACUAUUUAUUCAGCAGCAAAGUCUUUAAAUUUUGCUUGGAGGUUCACCGACAUUCUUCGCACUCCUGCUUACAACGGUGUUUCUAGGUACAUGCCUCAAAUCCACAGGAUCACAUUUCGUUUCUGUAAGCAGAGUGAAAGUAGUGUUGGCGUUCGAAACUUCAUUGAGCAAAAACUCCUUGAUCUUGCAGCUCAAUCACCAUCAGUGGUUGUAUAUACGCAACCCGUUCGAAAUACAAAUCCUGUGAUUCGUGCAGAAUACAGCAAUGGGAGAGUUGUGCAACUAAACGCUAAGAACAUGACAAUGGAGGAUGUUGAAAAAGACGUUAAUUUGUUGUAUUCUCGAAGCGGUCUCCCUAUCGUGAAACUGGAAUCUCGACAAAGUGCGGCAAUCCCUUCUGUGCAGGGUGAAUGGACACCAGUGACGUGGUUAUCCCCGCGAGUGAACACUGCGAAUUUCCCGGAUCCAGAGUUGUCUCGACACAAGACGCCGAAGGUGACAGCUACGGAGCAUAUCCUCGAACAACAGAAGCGAAUGAGUGAAUAG